UUUUCAGGAUGAAAAUGCGGCGGCACAGGGUGUUCUUGCUGUGCACGGUGGGGCUGUGCGUCAUCUCCUUCCUGCAUUACUACAAGGCCCUCCAUUACGUGUCCCUGCUGCGAGAGCUCUCCGCCCCCUACCCCAACAUCAAGUCCUUCAUCAUGGUCACCGGCUUCUUCUGGAGGGAGAAGGGCGUGGGCAGCACCCCGAUUAGCCCCGCCUCCCCAGAAGAGGCCCCGCCCCUUCCCAUCCUCCGCCAAUCGGACACCAAAGCCAGAGCGGUGGCGGGCGAUGGAGGCGUUGGAGGACUGGGGGUCGGGGGGGUCGUGGUGGGAGGAGAUGGGAUCAUUGGUAAUGCAGGGCUGGAGGUGAGGUUGAGGGACGAGCCGGCACCCCCUCACCCCUGGGAGAAACCAGAAGAGAACCAGCGGGGGGACAAUCCCAGUGAUGAGAGAGCUGAAGACCACUUGAAACCCAGAAACCCGAGUCACCCUGCAGGCCCUGACCUCCCGGAGAACCUCCUGGUGGGGAAGCUGCACAAGGACAAAAAACGGAUGCCCGACCCCUUAAAAUUAUUGGGAGACCUCCACACCCGCAAUCACCAGCUCCUCAAUGACAGAACAGCUUUCUUUGUCCGAACCAAAGCCGGAGCCUUUUGUUUUAGGCAGGGAACAGAGGUGGCUACCCAAAAGGAAUACUCUGGGAAAACUGGGGGGGUUGUGGCUAACGGAGCAGGGGAAGGUAAUCGAAAUGCUGGGCAAAGGAAGCCUCUGGAGGUCCAGCAGCAGCCCUCCAUGAAUCCUAAAGCAAAGACCAGAGCCAGAGGGAAUGGGAAGCGUCUGGUGAAGUGUGUGUGUCGGCCGGGGUGGCACGGGCCGUACUGCGGGGUUCCCACCAUGGUGUACCACUCCAACCUGCCCACCAAGGAGCGGCUGACGCCCAGAGAAACCCCGCGGAGGGUCAUCAACGCCAUCAACGUGAACCACGAGUUCGACCUGCUGCACGUACGCUUUCACGAGCUCUCACAGGCAGUCGAUCUCUUCCUCGUCUGUGAAUCCAACUUCACUGCAUACGGAGAGAAACGGCCUCUGAGUUUCCUGCGGCUCCUGCUCAACGGUACGUACGACUAUAUUCGUCACAAGAUCCUGUACGUGUUCCUCGAUCACUUCCCAGAGGGCGGUCGGCAGGACGGCUGGAUCGCGGACGACUACCUGCGAACCUACCUGACGCACAACGGCCUGUCCAGGGUGUCGGGUCUAAGAUCGGACGACGUCUUCGUCAUCAACGACGCAGAUGAGAUCCCAGCACGAGAGGGCCUCCUCUUCCUCAAGCUGUUCGAUGGCUGGACGGAGCCUUUCGCCAUCCAUAUGCGCAAGUCGCUGUAUGGAUUUUUCUGGAAGCAGUUUGGCUCUCUGGAGGUGGUGUCCGGCUGCACGGUGGGGAUGCUCCGAGACGUCUACGAUGGCGACGGUAUCAAGCUCCGCCGCCGCGAGUACUACACCAUGCCGGGUUUCCGCAAGUACGAGAACGACACGGGCCACAUCCUGGUGCAGUGGUCGGUGGGAAGCCCCUUCCACUUCGCCGGCUGGCACUGCUCCUGGUGCUUCAGGCCCGAGGGCAUCUUCUUCAAGCUGGUGUCGGCUCAGAACGGAGACUUCCCGCGGUGGGGGGACUACGAGGACAAACGUGACCUCAACUACAUCCGGGAUCUGAUCCGGACGGGGGGCUGGUUCGAUGGCUCCCUUCAGGAAUACCCCCCUGUGGACGCCAAAGAGCACAUGUACGCCCCAAAGUAUAUGCUGGAGCACUAUGAACGGUACCGCUACCUCCUGGAGAACCCUUACAGCAAAGCGUCCGAGGGCUAGGAGUUCUGCAAGGAUAGAAUAUGUGACGUAACUAGUAGGACCCGAAUGAGGCCUCGGCACUGAGUUUUGGGGGGCGAAACGGUAUUGAAGAACUACACCUCUCAUUGGAGGGAUACUACAUGUUCACCAGGCAGCACUGAUGUUGCAAUCUCUUAAAAAAAUUAUUUUGGGGUGAAAAAAGGGAUCACUGAACCGCAUCGUCCUUGGAUUCACAGAGAGGUCUCUGAGAGGAUACAACCACUGGAUAAAGAACAUCAUAGAUUUCCUCAUCCCUCCCUUUUUUGGGGGAGGAGCCAAGCUGUCUCUCUUUCUGUCACCCCGUCCUCUCUUUCUUCCCCCGAGCUGAUUGGUCGUUUGGAAGUAAAGAGAGAUAUAUUACAGAGCCGAGUGGAGAAACUUGGAAAUUGUUUUUUUUCUGUCUGUGUUUACUAAAGUUUACGGCUGAUGUUCCCACUUCUUUCUCCCACUUCAGACGUCUUCCUGUCAUAUUUGGUGACCUCCUUCUAGAAACAGACAUGUUUUGCGUUAUUCUUUGGUCUCAGUAGAUAAGUAUAAAUUCCAUCACACCCCGCUGGAGAACCCACUGCCAAACGGAAGGAAUGAAUCGAUGGAAAUGUCUCAAUGUCCACAUGCACCUUGUGUGUUUGAAAGUGUGUGUGUGUGUGUGUGGUGGUCUAUCUUUGUGUCAUACUGCGUGGUAUACCGCCUGUGAAUGAGGGGGGGGAGGUGGGGAGGCAGCGAGAUGGGGAAACAGGAGGCGGGAAAGCAAGUAAUGAGCAGCGAUGAAAGGGAAAGAAAAGGAGGCUCUCUCUCUCGACGCUUUCCCACAGUAUCUGCUGACGCACCAGUGUGGCAGGGACGAGUGAUCUGAAUGUGCGUGUGUGUACGCUCUGAAUAAAUCAUACCCCGUCGAUGGCAUAUGAGACGGAUGAAACUCGCCGUCAUUGUUUGUCCGAUGAGAGGAAUCGAGAAAGACAAGAUGACCCUUCAGCUUCGUCUUUCUGCGACUGCGAUGACUUAGUUCCCUUGGAAACUAAAGCGGAGUGUGUGAGACGUGUUUUGAGAUAAGUGGGUGGGUGCUCUUCGGGCAACGUUCAAACGAGGUCAACACCGACCGAGAAUCCCCGUAGUUUAAUAUUCCUCUCUCUGCUCGACGCCCACUCUCUGAAACAGACACUUCCUUUCUGCUUUCGUGCUGCUAAGUGUCCUCUUUCUUCUUCCUCUAGUGUUGGUUUCCUCCUAAUCCCAUAACAAGGCCUCUUUUCUCUCUUCAAUUCAGUUAUUACAUUACAUGUCAUCAAGCGGACACUUCUAUCCCAAGCUACUUACUUGCACUUCAAUACUGUAGACUCCCGGUGCUAUUUUAGACUCUUUGACCCGCUGUAUAUCGAACCACUGACCCUCCGAUAGGUAGACACACAUUUACCCCCUGAGCCACAGCCAACCUCUCUCUCUACAUUUGUGACCCGGCCGUUGAAAUCAGGCAGACGUCGCUCCGGCUAGUUUGCGGGAUAGUUGUGGAUUUAUGUCUGAAAGUUAUGUUUUGGUCCUUGUUAGGGUUAGGGUUAGGGUUAGGGUUAGGGUUACACCUUAUGUCUCCCUAAAGUAAUGAGUGACAGACUCCUAGUAACCUGGCAGUGUACGAGACAGUUUCCAUCUGAUUAUAAAUAAAAACAAAGUCUUGGCUCUCAGGAUAUUCAAUUAUUAACUCCCAAAUGUAGACGAUAAAUAUUGUGUUGACGCUUGUCGGCGGUACGAUGGCGAGCAACUUAUCAGCAGAGGCAUUACUACAGGCGGUGUGUUGUGUGUGUGGAAAAUACUCACACACUCCAACACCAACUUUCUACGCCCAACCUUUCCUCAUCGAAAUAAAAAAAAUCCUCGUCGUCAAUGCUAAUGAGUUCGCCUGAUCAGUACGAUGGAUCUCCGUCAUCCAUCCGCUGUCUAUUGAGCUUUCUACGGAGAGAUAGUCUGCGAAAAAGCUUUUUUUUAAAGACAAACAAAAAUGACUCAUAGCUAAUCCAGUCGUGGUCCUAAAGAGGGGGGCAGGACUAAUGCCCCAACAUAUCAGGCUUUGAGCCCCCUCAUUGGCAAAAAGUCAUCUGCUAACACUGAAGGCUUCUUUUCCCAGAGUCGUGACAGUCGUCUUGUUUUGUGAAACAAUUUGCUGUAUAUUUGGAGAACACCAAAAGGAUAUAAUUUGAAAGCUAAGAAGCUCCUCCAUCUAACAGUGUAUAUAACUCCGCCUCUAUGUCAACUCCUUCCCUCCAGACCGGUAUCUCCUCCCUCUUAAUCCUCCGAAGAAUUUCAAUAAUAGGGAUAUAUUUACAUUCUUCCAGACCUCAUUUCUAUCCCGUGUCUCGACGGGACAGGAAGUAACCCUAGCAGUGCCACAGAUCUCGACCAUCUGAACGUGUAGCCUCACUCUCUCCCUGCUGCAGACGUCUGUCCAUGUGGCUGCUGCCUGAAUCCCCGCCCCACAUUGUUUGGCAGAAGUUUAUGAAUCAAUUUGGCGAGCAUACUUCUCUUUGUGGGUGUUUCGUGUGGGCUGGAUGUACUUGUCAAGGGUGAAAGAGUCAGAAGAGUAUGAAACAAACUGAAAUGCAGAUUGACUGCGUCCACCAUCUGCUUCUCCACCUCACGUCUGUGCUUUGGUGUUAUUGUUUACCGCGGCUUCAGGCGUUUCAAAGCGAACUGUGCCUCUAGAGGAAAGACUGUUUGGAGUAAGGGAAGUUUUCUGCAAGGCGAGGAUAGGAUUUAAUCUGUUUAGACGUUAGAAGCUUUAGUUUUACUUGAAAGAGCCUUAACAUUAACAUUUUACCUGUUCCUCUUUACUUUAAGUGUCCUUGAGCCACAUCCUCCUUACUCAUCCAGUCCUUCUUCACAACCUUAACAUGAAACCAACAUGCAUGAUAAGUCCUUCUAUUCGAAACCGGUUAACAAGCCGAGAUUUUUGCAAACUAGAUUAAAGAUUUGAAGAUGCUGUCAAAGAAAAUCUGGAGACCAAGAAUCCCCCGACAACGCCACACACAAUAUACUCAAAACUUAAAAGAAAUACGGUUCAACGUUAGUUUAUUUGUAUAGCACAUUUUAAGACACAGAGGCAAUUAGAAGUGCUUCACAUUUAACACAAGAUAAUUAAACCAAACAAACACACAAGGCGGUAAAACAGUGCAAGUGUGAGCAUAUUGGCGUAAAGCUUGGUUUCCACGCUGUCUCCCGUGGACGGGAGCUCGUAUUUGGAAAGCAGAUUACCCAGCAGGCAGCAGCUGUUCGGGGUUUGUGUUGUUGGUGUCGGGAGCCAAACUCCCGUCCAAACCCACAGGGGCUGCAGAGAUACCAGCUUUAAAUAGGAUUUGACACCAAAAGACAAAGGAGGCGCAAACAAUGGAGGUGUUUAUAAAUGAGAUGUAUUUGUGUGACUUUCAAAAAGGUAUUGAUUGAUGGAACAAAACCAUAGAAGGAAGAAGGAGAAGUGAACUUUUGGCAAUGUGGAUAAUGUCAGGGAUGUCAAAUCAUGAAUUCAGGCAGUUGUGAGCAAUCGUAGAUGAAACCACUUCGUGUUUGGGGUGAUUUCGUGGCCAUGCUUUGGAAUUUGAAAGAAAAGUAGCUUGAAAUACGCAAACAUAUCAUUCAUAGAGUCAGGUCUCAGCAACAUGAAACUGACCAAAGUAUUUAAUCACACAAACAAAACCUCCCUCUGACUUCAGGUCUCACCAUGUGCAGACCUUGAUCUUUGCAAUAUGUUGCUACGUGUUUAAAAAGGUUUAUGACUAAGCCUUAUCUCAGAGAUGUUUAAUCCCACCAAGGCCAGGGAGUGUCAGCAGAGAGGUAUGUAAUAAGAGCUGCCUCCCACCUCUCUGCUGCAGGGUGAGUGAGUGAGUGCAUUUUCUUAAUAGUUUGCGUAUUACACAGUCAUGGUGACUCAGGCCAGAGCAGGCUGUCCGGCCCGCUGAAAGAUGUUACUUCACUCGGCCUGUUGCCACGUUAUCAUCAUGGCAACGAUCCCAUUGGUCGACUUCUGAGAUCCCAAACAGCCGGAGGUCAUCAGACAGCAGGCCGAAGGGUGAAAUGUGAGAAAGAGCAGAGCGAGGAUGAGGGAGGGAAAUCACAAAAACAGAUUUUCUCUAAAUUGUACAACUCACAACUUGAGUUUAGUUUAAAGAAAUGGCAAAACAUAGGGAAAUAUUCAAGCUGUAGCUAGACCGCACCUACAUGUAGCUGACUUAUCGCAGCAAGAAGGCAAAAUGAGGAAAGGAGCAGGGAAAAUAAACAGCAACAAUAUUAUUUCAAAUGUUGAGCCAGGAAUGAAACAUCGAUGAAAGAGUUUUGGCCGUAAACCAGAUCAAGGAGUGGCAAAAGUCUACGAUCGAUGAACAGACUGAUGUAUCCAAAAAGAGGUAUUUUGUAAAUAAUCCAUCCUUCGCUGGAAUACGCGGAAAAAGAAAAGGAAAUGCUCAUCAUUAAGUUCAAAAAGAUGUACGAUCCAACGACAGUUAAAACACAGUUGAAUGAUGAUUGGAGCGAUGUGAGCACCUCAUGAUGGACAUCGAAAAGAGACCUGAAUGUAGGGUUAAUGAACGCUGACUGCAAUCCAGAAAAAUACCUUUUAUUAGAUGUUAUCCGUACAUCGCCGUUCUUGUCCUAUUGUUUGAAAAGUGGUUAGGACAUAGGGAGAGGAGGGAGGAAACAAUCAGGACCUAACCACCUUUGAUUGGUCACUAGGAUAAGGUAAAGUCAUCUUGGCGUUGAAUCAGAAACGUCCAACCAGAUGAGUUCAGUUCAAACUAAAAACUGUUCACCAUGUUAUGGAUCCAAAGGCCUGACAACGUCUUGCUCAAGGACACUUCAGUAGAUUGUAACCUCAGCAGACGUCACAGGCGGUCUUGACUGGUGGCCUGGUGCCUGCUUUGGCUUAUUGAUCGGACAAAGAAUCAAUAAAGCGAUGACACAUGGGAAAGGAAAUAUCUGCAGCCUCUAAACACACCCUGUGAGACCGGCCUGAGCUGCGUUGCUAGGAAACAGAUCUGGGAUGUCUUUAUUACCGGUUAUUGAUAUUACCAAUAACCUGCAAGGUCAGCGUUUGAAACUGAAGAUGUAGAUGUUGUCUAAAGACAUAUUCACAGUGUGUGCCACGGCAUCUAGAGAACUGAGGCACGAACACAUUUACUUGCAAUUUACAGGACAACACAAACACAUUAUAAAAUGACAUUUACUUAAAAAUAAAUAAAGGUAUGAAGCACGGAUGUCGAAGCGUAUUCAAAGAGACUUGAUCCUACACUCAUUAACGUAUUUUGCUUCACCUUCCCUUCUUGGUAGUUGUUGGCAUCUUUUAAACCCCAAACGACAAUGUAUUACGCACUUUUUUUUAAUUAUUAAUCUAUACUCUUUAAGCCCCUUGAGUAGAACCACAUAUAGUUAACAGAUAAAUAUCGUUAAGACCUGAAGAUACAGACGAUUGUCUUACAGGAUUACUGACGACGUUUACAUUU